AUGUCCAUUAGCGAAAGAGAUCAGUUACUCAGGAGACUCUGUCCCGGCGAUCGAUCAGAGAGCUGGCACAAACAUCUCGAGCGCGCACGCAUUCCAGAAUCAGGCCAAUGGAUUCUCGAUAACCCGAAGACAAAGGAGUGGCUUCACAACAACUCCCCGUCUCUGCUUUGGCUUCAUGGACCAUCGGCGACUGGCAAGACGUUUCUGUGCUCCCGCCUCAUCAAAUACGUUCAAGAAACCAAGGGUUAUGCAGUUGCUUGUGUCAAGUUCCAACAGAACCAUAAACAGUACAACAAGGUCGAUUUCAACCAUGCGUUAGCCUCUGUUUUGAGACAGCUGGUAUCGCAGCUCCCCACCACGUCAAUCAUUUGGGAACAACUAAAAGCUCUAGAUGAUACUCCAUAUCCAGACGAUGACGAGUUCAAUCAACUCCUUCACCUUGUUGCAUCCGAGUUUGACAAGGCCUUCAUCUUUUUUGAUAAUGCCAAUAGUGUUACUGAGGCAGCUCUGAGGGAUUUAAUGCUUUCGUUAAAUCCGAGUGAGUCUGACGCCGUCUUUCGGGUUAUGUUCGCUGGCCGCAAUGCGUGUACUGGUGCUUUCUCGAUGCGGCCUGAAGUUCUUGAGAUAAUCUCUAGAGCGAGUGAUAAGGACCUGGAAAUGUACAUUAUUGAAUUACUUCGAGAUGUGUCAGGCAAGGACCUGUCCUCGGGUCAUGAUGAGUUAAUCCACAACAUGGUUAAGCUCUUUGAUGGCCGAUUUCUCCCCAUUCCGGCUUGGUCUACCGAAUCACCCACGCCAGAGCUCCUAGCCAGUCUCGACCAACUUGUAACUUCCUGUGAUGGAGCCUCUGUCUCGGAUAAGAUAGACGUCUUUUGCAAAGAGGCUAUAAGGCAAAUCACGACCUCACAGUGGAAAGACAUGAUCUUUUGCAUUCUCUACCAUAUCAUCAAAGCUUCUGAAGCAGGCUACAGCUUUACAAUACCCAUGGCACUCGAAGCCUUGAGCGCUUGGCAAAUCAGUCACGAUGAGAAGGACUUCAACAAUUCUGAAGUUCUUCUAGGUUGCCGCGGCCUCAUAUACUAUAGCGAAGAAGAUAAGUCGAUGCGGAUCGCAUCACCACUUCUUGGCGACUACCUGAGGCGUGUGAUUUUCGAUGUUGAAUACGACAAGCGAAGCAUCGUCGGCUUCAUGCGAUAUCUAUCGUCUGACGCCUUCGCGCAAGGUGCUUGCAAAUCGUCAACCUCCCUCAAAGAGCGACUAGACAAGAACAGAUAUCUGUGGUUCGCGGCCAGACGGCUAAGCCCCAGUCUGACAACGGCCACCCCAGACACCUUCGUCGAUGACUUUAUUCGCCUCUCUUCCCGAAGAGGGUCAAUCGAGUCGUACCUCCAAGCAGCUGAAUCAUGGCCGUACGAGAGCGCAGCCAGCUAUGACGAGCUCGAAGAAGAUCAAGAGCGUUGGCAAUGUUUCACGACAGGUUAUGGUCCACUGCAUCUUGCUGCGCAUGUAGUAGCCCCAAAGAUGCUUAUCGACUCACUAAUAGCUAGUGGUGAAGAUCUCAAAGCUCGGGACGACCACGGUCGCACAGCCUUGCAUCUAGCUGCAGAGAUUGACAUGGAGAAUUCGACACUGCAAGCUCUUGUUGAUGCUGGUAGCAAUGUACUGGCCGAGGAUACAAUGGGUAAUACGCCUUUAUCUAAUGCUGUGGUCGACGGGAGCCUUGAGUCUGUCAAGAUACUGCUAGCUAAUGGAGCUGAUGCAACUGUGCUUGAUGAAGACAUUCUGGAGCAAUGCGGGCAGGAGAAACCAGAGAUUGCAGAGUAUCUGAGGGAGCUUGGCAUCGAUGUACCAGUUGAGAAUGAUAGUGAUAUGGAGGACUGA